AUGCCGCCCCGGCCAGCCCCGACGCACUUCCUGUGCAUCCCGCUGUCCGGCCCGCAGCUGGCGCGCACCCUCUCCUCCUUCCGGGCGGACGUGACGGACCCAAACAGCUUCAACGUGCACCCGCAGGCCGUCCGGCCGCUGGGGACCAUGCACCUCACCCUCGGUGUCAUGACGCUCAAGGGCGACGAGGCGCUCGGGCGGGCGGCGGACCUGCUCAGGGGGCUCAGGCUCAGGGAGAUUCUAGACCAGGCGCGGGCGGCGAACAACGCGGCUAGAGCAAUGGGACAGCAGGAGGAGGAGGAGGGCGGUCCGGGGCUGACGGUCACGCUCCAGGGGCUCGGGGCGAUGCAGUCCCCGUCGAAGACGUCGGUGCUAUAUGCCCCCCCGCUGGACCCGGCGGGUCUGCUGCGGCGGUUCUGCGAGCUCGUGAGGGGCCGGUUCCAGGAGGCCGGGGUGAUGGCGCGGGAGGAGAGGCCGCUGCUGCUGCACGCGACGGUGGUCAACACGAUCUACGUCGGGGACAGGAGCUUGAAGAGGGUGGCCAUGGAUGCGAGGGACCUGAUGGCCAAGUAUGACGGGCACACCUGGCUGGAGGACAUGCCGGUGGAGAGGGUGACGCUGUGCAAGAUGGGGGCGAAGAAGGUUGAGGGGGGGCUGGGGGAGGCGUAUGAGGUUGAGGCUGAGGUUGAGUUUUAG